CGACAAUUGAUGUCGUCACCCCAACUCGUUCCCGAUUUUCGGUGGCGUCGCCUUAUAAUCGUUGAACUUCAAUAAAUCUCAUAUACCUCAUGGACUUCUUUCUCAAUUAACUAUCGUUAAUUAGACUACUCGUUCCCCCAUACUACCCCUAAGUAUCUCGUAAUUAAUUAAGAAAAUAGAAAGCUCCAAUCCCUUCUCAGGACUUAGAGCACCAUCGGUUCGGGAUGAGGCAUGACAUUCCGAUGCGCAGUGUCCGGGACCGCUUUGGCCGCUCACGCCGUCCGCCCUCGGCAACACAUGCUCCUCCUCUACUCGACCUUUCUCCUCGCGCCGACUCUCAGCCCGACAAAGUCCCAACAGACGACACAGCACCAACCGAAACCGUUCCACACCACCGCAUGCCUCCGAGAUGAGCAGAUCGACAACUCCCGGAACCACUAUGAGACGCUGAAACUGCAACCGGGCGCAACGCCCGCCGAGAUCAAGAAGUCCUUCUACGCCCUCUCCAAAACCCACCACCCAGACGUCAACCCCUCCAGCCCGCACGCCUCGCGGCGCUUCAUGCGCAUAAGCGAGGCCUACUCGGUCCUCUCCAUCCCCGCCAAGCGCGCCGCCUACGACCGCGACGUCUUACGCCUGCACCAACCCUCUCCCUCGUCCCACCCUCCCCACCGCGGCUCCUAUAGCAGCACCUCCAACCCCGCCGGCGGCCGCCCCCCCUCCGGCCUAAGCCGCCGCCGCGGGCCCUUCCAGGGCCCGCCCCCGAGCUUCUACCGCAGCGGCGGCUGGGGCGCCCACGGCGCCAAGCGUCGCGCCGCGCACGACGAGAGCACCGGUUCCGGUUCCUCUAGUUCCUCUACCUCCUCAUCCUCCUCUUCCGCCGGCGCCCGCGCAAAUUCUUUCGGAGCCGGGGGCAUGGGCCCGGGACAGACGCCGUACGGGCGGGGCGCGGAAGACGACGUGUCGCACUUCGACCGGGCAUCGCACGAGCGCACGGGCCGCCACAUCGACCGCCGGCGGGCGGCGCGGCGCGCGGGCCUCGACGGCAGCGGCACGCACGUCGACGUCGAAUCCGAGCGGGGUACCGCGGGCAUGUUCUUCCUAAUCGGCGGCGUACUAGCACUCAGCGUGCUGGGCCCGUACGCGAUCGGCAGGAUGUGGACUCGGGGUAGCGGAGGAGGGGGCGGGAGCGGGGCCAGGGACAGGGACACGAAGUUGGACAGGAAGAGUUAGAAGUAGGAUUCCGUUAGUCUAGCGGCGCAGUACUUUUUUUUUUUUUACUGCCAACGUUUUUUACCCUACCUACAUCACAAUUAAAGGAAUCUCCGGGUGUACUAUGCAGGUACACAAAAUACAAAGGUCACGGACAGUUAGAGAACGCAUUUGCGGAAAUUUGAAAGAAUCCUGUAUAUUCAGAAUAAUGCACGUAUUAGCAUUUGGACGCCAGGAAGCGUCCGAGAGGUCUAAUGUCUACAAUUGAGAUAUUUUGACCCGUAUGCGAAGAAUCCUACUUGUAUCGAGUACAAAUAAUGAGAGGUUAUUGGCUCUCGAAGGUGAAGCUGACGCCAACCUGCGAUAUUUUGUUAGAAUUUGGUAGCCAAGGUUUGAUUUGGGCUAU